UAGGAGCUUAUACAGUUUAAUGCUACCUGCAUCACUGGACCUAAAAGGGCAGACUAAGAGACAUAUACUCUUAAUGGUCCAUCCUUCAGAGGAAAACAAAAGGGAUCAAGGACAAAACAAGGGGGAACAGAACAGUCUCAGAAGGUAGGAAAGAGGUCAUUAAAAACGGUGAAUGAGGAAAAAAAGAGAAGAAAAUCCCUCUUCAGCAAAGCAGCUGCCACUCCAGUGUUUUAGGAGACAGAGGAUAGAAAGCAGCCUUGGGCUGAGGACCAUAGAGAGGAGAGAAGUGACUGGAAUGCAAAGAUGAGGAAAAGGCGUGUGCUACUGAUGCCCCCCAGCGUCCCUCCCCACUGUGUGGCCGUGCUAUGGCUGUUGAUGCUGCUGGGUCUCCAGGCCCUGGCUGUCUGCCCCCCAAUGUGCACCUGUAACCACAGCCACAGGGAGGUGGACUGUUCCUGGAGGGGCCUGAGGACUCUGCCCCUGGGCCUGCAGCACAACCUGCACUCCCUCAACCUGUCUCACAACCGCAUCCACGACCUGGACAGCCAGCUGAGUACCUUUGUCCACCUCCGCACUCUGGACCUGUCCCACAACAGGCUGGUCCGCCUGCCCACCGCUCUGCCCAGAGCCCUGUGGGAGCUCCACAUUGCAGCCAACGGCAUCAACUUGCUGGACAAGAACGACACAGCCUACCAGUGGAACCUGCGGGUCCUCGACCUGUCCAAUAACAAGCUGGAACGGGCCGUGUUCAUCAACAACACCCUGACCAGUCUGCGCCUGCUCAACCUCAGCCACAACCGCUUCUGGACCGUGCCUACCAACAUGCCUGCCAGCCUGGAGACAGUGGACCUUUCCCACAACUCCCUGGUGCAGAUGCUGCCUGGCACUCUGGCACGGCUGUUCAGGCUGACCACCUUCUACCUGCACUCCAACCGCUUCUCCUCUGUGGGUCCCAGGGCCUUCAGCCAGCUGGGCAGCCUACGGCUCCUCUCCCUGGGGGACAACCCCUGGGCCUGUGAGCACCAGACCAACAUCACCCACCUGCUGGCCUGGCUCAAGCACACCUCCACCCGCGUGCUGGGCUGCCCCUGCCACACUCACUCUGUCUGUGGAGAGCAUCCCCUGGCCAGGACUGGAGGGUGGCACUUUGCCUCCUACACUCAGCCUCCCCUGGCUGCUAGUACUCAGGAGGAGCGGAGCCACCCUCCUCCUCCAGAGGCCCUCACCAGGUGGCCUUGGUAUCUGUCAGAGUCUGCCCUGCUCAACACCCAGCUCCACAGCAGGAAAGCCCCAGGACGCCCCAGUGGAUCAGAGGACCACGGCCUCUUCACAGACCAACACCAGUUCACCUCCACCCCUCUAGCCAUUUCCACCCUGCCCACUGACAGGUCCCACACAGAAAACAGCUUGACAAGCACAGACGACCCCUUCCUAACAGACACUGCAUUUACUACUGACAGCUUCUAUACCACUGACAACCCCUCUACCAUCACAAGGAGAACAGCCACCCUCCGCACCAGGAGUGUCAAGAGGCCUAACCAGGGUGGCUCCCCGGUACGAAACACCAGCCCAGCCCCCAGCCCCAGGUCUACACUCCCACUCCUACUGAACCUGUGGUUCUUCCUGACUCACACCCAGUAUGUCCUCUGAAAAUUGAAGGAAAUGUCUGUAGUUGGAGUAAUGUCCUUGUCAGACAUACAACUGCACAAACACACACAAAUGAGUAUCAUGAAACCAACUUUGUUGUUUUCUUCCAUUUUGAAUACUGUAAGACACUUAAAUGAACUCUUCUGCAUUACUUUAAUCAAUAACAAUAUACUAUAUGGCCAGUAUCAUUAUUGGGAUACUGAACAAAUACUUGAGUACUCACUAUCUGCAUAACUCUGUUUUCAUCAUCAUCUUUGAAUACUCAAAGGUCCAAAGCAGCCAUUUUUAUCUCAAUAUCAAAUCAUUUCUGGAUAAUAAUUAAAAACCUUAGAGUGAUUGUUUUCAAUUAAAUUGUUCAAAAAUAGCUUCUAAGCAAAGAGCAAUUUCUCAAGCAAGAAUGACUGCCCCCUCUCAUUGAGCCUCGUGCGCUUCAGGCAUUGUUAGCAGAAAACAGGAUCCCCCAUUAUAGUGAACAGAAAAAUUGUCAU